AUGAAGCUUUUCCUCUCUUACUGUCUCUUAUUUCCUUGCCUUGCGCAGGCCGCGAGUCAGGUCUAUACAGGCUUCAACUACGGUGCCUUCUGGGGUCUUGAAGAAAAUGCCAAGCAGAAAGCAGACUUUCUCGAUGGCUUCAACCUGGCCAAGAAUCUGACUACCGACAUACCCUUCGAUAGUGCCCGCCUGUUUACUUGCAGAGCAGCGAAAACCCUCGACGAGCCGACCGAAGCUUUUGAUGCUGCUGUUGUCUCCAAGACAAACCUGCUACUGGGUUUCUGGAUAACGCCAGCGCAGAAGGGCGGCUCACCUGAUGAGAACGUCAAAAACGAGAUGGCCGCACUCGAGAAAGGGUUUAAGAAGCACGGCCAAGCGCUUUCCGAUCUUAUCAUUGGACUCUCUGUAGGCAACGAGGACGUGUACCGUGCCGAGGCGACUCAAGAAGUUGGUGUUACCGCAAUGGUCGUUGGGCAGACCAUAGCCAAGGUGAAGGAAAGCAUUGCUUCCUCAUCGUUCGCCCAGUACAUGAAGGAUAAACCAAUCGGCCAUGUCGAUACCGCGCAGUAUGCCGUGGUGGAUAAUGCAGACUUCAUCGGCAUGACUGCAUACCCGUACUGGAACAAAGACAGUAUCGGAACAGCAAGUACAAGUUUUCAGGGCUCUCUCGAGGGAGUCAAGCAGCGCGCAGGCAACAGACCGGUUUGGAUCGCGGAAAUGGGCUGGCCUUUUACCGACUCUGAACAACACGGGGCUGCGGUCGCCGGUAUAGACGAACUCCAGAAGUUUUGGAGUGAGGUUGGCUGUGCUGUGUUUGGGAAAUACACUACUUUCUGGUUCGAGUUACUCAAAGACACUACAUCGGAUCAGAAGGCCGAUUGGAGUGUUAUUGAUCCAAGCUCUCGACAGUCAAGAAUCAAGAAUAUGAGCUGCGGAAACCCUCAGCCAAAGCCACCCGCUGAAGCUCCAGCUAGCUCAGCAGCGUCAUAUACGUCUAUUGCCACAACACCACCGCAGACACUCAGCUCUGGGUCGCCAAUCAUUCCGAGUGCCAUGCCUACGUCAUCACCUCCUGUAUCGUCGACAAUCGAAUCAAACACAGUACACGUAACGGUGACCGGUACGACUUCUGUAACUCCGCAGCCUAUCACACCAUCGGUAGUAGCUCCCGGCGGGCCAUCUCUCGUGACUGUAAUAGUUACCUUGACGAGCAUCACCACUGUAACAGCACAGCCUUCAAUGACCACAAUAGCGAGCGCGAGCCGAUCAACAGCCCAAGAUGAUGCCGUCAGCUUCCUCGCACAAGACCAGCCAGCAACAGGCCGCAGCACCGUCACUGUUAAGACUACAGCAACAACUGUCGUCUUUGCGAAAACAACAGCAAUCGCUGCUCUGAACAACAUAUCCGCCGACGUCAACUGGAGAAGUCGCGACACCAUCAGGAAUACCGAGUGGGACAGGCUGUUAAAUCAGGAUACGAACGUCGCCGGCGUCGAUCUGUAG